AUGGCCGCAAUGGCGCAUGCCGGUACGUCGGGGGGAGGCGGAACAGGGGGAGGCGGGGGACAGGGGGGCACAGGCCGCGGGGGCGCGGGCGGAAGCGGCGAGCGGGGGGCGGCGGCGGACAUUCUGCGGCGGCUGUUGGCGGAGCUGUGUACGCGCACGCCGUACGCGGCGAAGGAGGAGGGCGCGCUGACGCUGCGCCAGCACGUUGAGGAGGAGGCGCGCGAUCUCAGCGGCGAGGCGUUCACGCGUUUCAUGGACACGCUUUAUGAACGGAUUAAUGUGCUUGUAGAGAGUACGUCGCCGUCCGAUAAUCUCGGCGCCGUUCACGCUAUUGAUGAGUUGAUCGACGUGCCGCUCGGGGAGAGCGCAGCCAAGGCGUCGCGUUUCGCGUCGUUCCUGCGGCGAAUCUUCGAGGAAAAGACGGACGCCGACACGAUCUCCGAGGCGGCGGCGACGUUGGGACACGUGGCACGCGCGGGCGGCGCGAUGGCUGCUGACGUGGUGGAGUUUCAGGUGAAGGAGGCGCUGAGGUGGCUCGAGGGGGAGCGCGUCGAGGCGCGGCGAUACGCGGCCGUGCUUAUACUGAAGGAAAUGGCGGCGAACGCGCCGACGGUCUUCAACGUGCACGUCCCGACAUUCAUCGACGUCAUCUGGGCGGCACUGCGCGACCCGAAGCUCGCGGUGCGGGAGCGCGCGGUAGAAGCGCUGCGCGCGUGCCUGCGCGUUAUCGAGAAGCGCGAGACGCGGUGGCGCGUGCAGGGCUACUAUCGGCUAUUCGAGGAGACCGAGAAAGGGCUGCAGCGCAGCGCGAGCGUUGAGAGCAUCCACGGCUCGCUGCUAGCGAUCGGCGAAAUGCUUCGCAACACGGGCGAAUUCAUGAUGGCGCGUUACAAGGAAGUGGCGAACAUCGUUCUCAAGUAUCGCGACCAUCGCGAACGCCUCAUCCGCCGGUCCAUCACCGCGCUGCUGCCGCGCAUCGCGCAUUUCCUACGCGACCGAUUCGUGAGCAGCUAUUUAAAGAUCUGCAUGGAUCACCUCUUAGGAGUCAUGAAGAACCCAGCCGAUCGCGACGCGGGCUUCGCGGCGCUCGGCGAGAUGGCCAGCGCCGUCGGGCCCGCGCUGCGCCCGUACCUCCCCGCGAUCUCCGCGCUCCUCCGGGAGGCACUGACUCCGCGGCGCGGGCGCGCGUCGGUGGAGGCGCUGACGUGCGUGGGGCAGCUGGUGGCGGCGGUGGGGGACGACAUGCGCGAGGUUGCGCGUGAGCUGCUCCCCGUGUGCCUGCACACGGGGCUGUCCCUCCCCCUCGUGCACACGCUCGCGCACAUCUCCGCGCACCUCCCCGCGCUCAAGCCGCUCGUCCAAACACAGCUCAUCGAGGCCAUUACCGCCGUCCUCGCGCGGAAGCCAUCCGCGCGGAUCGGAACCAGCACAGGCGGCGCGUUCGGCUCGCUGACAGGCGCGCGCCCGCCCGCGGGCGCAGGCGGAGGCGGAAGCGGAUCCGGGGGCUCGCUGACGCUCGGCGGAAGCGCCAGCCUGAGCAGCCUGGCGAGCGGCGCGCUCACAGGCGGGGGGGGCGCGGGAGCGGGGAGCAGCGCGGGCGGGGGAGCGGGGGGAAGCGUGGCGGGGGAACUAUCAAUGGCGGGGGUGACGCAGCUGGCGCUGUGCACGCUGUACUCGUUCGACCUAUCAGGGCACGACCUGCUGGAGCUGACGCGUGUACACGUGGCAAGGUACCUGGAGGAUGAUGACGUGGCGACCAGGCGGGAGGCCGCCGUGUGCUGCGCGCACGUCCUCGCCCACACCGCGUCCGCCCUCUCCGCGCCGCCCUCCCCUUCCCCCGCGCCGUCCCCCGCAUCCCAGGCAGAACCUGGCGGCGCGGGACCGGCCCCUGGCGCUGCUGGCGGUGGGGGAGGUGGUGUGCGGGCGGCAGGUGUCGUUUCGGGCGGCGUGGGGGGCGGCAGCGGGCGGGGCAGCAGCAGCGCGGCGGCACUCAAAGUGCAGCGAAUCGCGCAGCAGCUGCUGCUACAGCCAGGCAUGCGGAAGAAACGACGUGGCAUAGUAGAGGACAUGCUGGAGCGCUUAUUGGUCUCCUCAGUCGCUGACGUGGACGCCGGCGUGCGCAAGGCCGUCCUCGCGUGCCUCUCCGCACCGGCCUCCACCGCACUGGACUCCUUCCUGGCGCAGCCCGACUGCCUCCGCGCGCUCUUCAUCGCACUAAACGACGAAACCUACGACGUGCGAGAGCAAGCCGUUCUCCUCGCCGGGCGGCUCGCCGCCCGGAACCCAGCUUAUGUUCUCCCGGCGCUGCGGCGGCAUUUAGUGAGACUGUUGGGGGACGUGGAGCACAGUGGGGACAGCCGGCUGAGGGAGGACGGCGCGCGGCUGCUGCGGUGCCUCAUCCACUCGUGCACGCCGCUCGUUGCGCCCUACAUCGCGCCCAUCCUCAAGGUCUUUGUCGCGCGACUUAAAGCCGUCUCCGCCGCGCAUGCGGCUGCCGUGGGGACGGUGGGGGGCGGCGGGACAAGCGGGGUGGUGGCAUCGAUGCUUGCAACAGUAGGUGAGCUGGCGAAGGUGGCGGGGAGUGCACUCACCCCUUACGUGCCCGACCUCAUGCCGCUGAUCGUCGACUCCUUGCAUGAUACCACUGGGCCGGGACCAGGGGAGCGGAGGGAGGUGGCUGUGGUGACUCUGGGGCAGGUGGUGGAGAGCACGGGGUGUGUUGUCGCGCCGUAUCGCCACUACCCCCAACUGUUGGGGUUACUUCUGUCGAUGCUGAACGGGCAGCUGGCGUGGUCAAUGAGAAGGUCGGUGCUGCAGGUGCUGGGCAUUCUGGGCGCGCUGGACCCGCACGUCAACAAGCGCAACCAGCUGCUGCUGCUGCCGCAGGCCAUGGCCGCCCAGGGGGGGGUGGACGGCCGGGGGGAUGGUGGAGGGGGAGGAGGCGCGGGUGGGGCUGGCGGGGGUGUGGCAGGGGGAGGCACAGGGGGUGGGGGAGCAGGAGCGGGGGGAGCGGCGGGAGGAGGGGCGGGAGGAGGGGGCGGGAGGGGCGGGGCGGCGGGAGGCGGAGCGGGCGGCGCAGCAGGGGCGGCAGGGGGCGCCGUGGGACCACUGCAACCCCCGCGCGUGCUCCAGGGCUUCGACCGCAUGGGCGGUAUGGGCGGCGACGACCCGCUCACAGACGUGCCGUCAUCAGGCGGGCUCACAGACGAGUACUACUCCACUGUCGCCAUCUCUGCGCUGCUCCGCAUCCUCCGAGACGGCGCCCUCGCAGCCUACCACCUGAGGGUAGUCAGCUCUCUCAUGUUCAUCUUCCGAACCAUGGGGCUCGCCUGCGUGCCCUUCCUUCCGAGAGUGCUCCCCGAGUUGUUCCACGUGAUGCGCGCGUGUGACGAGAGCCUGCGGGAGUUUCUGUUCUGGCAGCUGGCGCAGCUGGUGGGCAUCGUGCGGCAGCACAUGCGCAAGUACCUGCCGGAGAUCACCGCCCUCAUCCACGACUUCUGGCACGCGCUGCUGCUAUCCGUCUUCCCCCGCCCGCCCGCACCCUCUCCCGUCCUCAACCUAGUCGAACAACUCGCCCGCGCUCUACCAGAGGACUUUAAAGCCUGCCUGCCGGACCUACUCCCGCGGUGCGUGGCAGUAGUGGCGGAUGCGGAGCGCAGCGGCGACUACAAGCGAGUGCCGCCCGUGCUGCACGCGUUUGAGGUGCUGGGCGGCAGCAUGGUGGGCGGCGACAUGGAGCCGCACAUGCACCUGCUGCUGCCCGCCGUGGUGCGCCUCUUCAAGCCGGGCGUGUCCGACGUGCCGCUGCCCAUCCAGCGCGCCGCCGUGCGCACGCUCACGCGCCUGCUGCCCUCCCUGCACGUGGCGGACCAUGCGGCGGCCAUCCUGCAUCCGCUGGCGCGCGUGCUGGACGGGCCCAGUGAGGAGCUGAGGAGAGACGCUGCUGACGCCAUCUGCGACCUCGCUCUCGCGCAGGGGGGGGCGGCUGGGGGAGGGGGGGGGACGCAGGGGGGAGGAGGGGGAGGCGCGGGAGGGCAGGGCGCGGGGGGAGGGGGAGGAGGCGGAGGCAGGGGCGCGGGCGGCACCGGCGCUGCUGCUGCUGGUGGCGCCGGCGGUGGUGCUGCUGGCGGGGGAGGGGGACCAUUGAACGCCACCGUAGGAUUCGAGGAGGACUGGGGCUUUGAUUUCGACGGCAUGGGGUCAUCUCUCGAUGCCCGCAGCACUCGGGAGGACUGGGCGGAAUGGAUGCGGCACUUUUCAGUCGAACUCCUCAAAGAGUCCCCCUCCCCCGCGCUGCGCACGUGCGCCACGCUCGCGCCCCUCCAACCGCACGUGGCACGGGAGCUGUUCGCAGUGGGGUUUGUGAGCUGCUGGCAGGAGCUGAACGACGCGAGCCGCGACCAGCUCGUGCACUCCCUCGAAGCCGCCUUCGCAUCGCCCAACAUCCCCCCGGAGAUCCUCGCAACCCUUCUCAACCUAGCCGAGUUCAUGGAGCAGAACGAGUGCCCGCUCCCCGUUGACAUCCGCACCCUCGGCGCCUUAGCCGAGAAGUGCCAUGCGUUUGCGAAAGCCCUCCACUACAAGGAGAUGGAGUUUGAGGUCGACCCGGCGGCGACGGUAGAGGCGCUGAUUCACAUUAAUAAUCAGCUGCAGCAGCACGAGGCGGCGGUGGGCAUGCUGGUGUACGCGCAGAGGCACCUGGCGGUGCAGCUGAAGGAGCCGUGGUACGAGAAACUGCAGCGCUGGCACGACGCGCUCGCUGCGUAUGAGCGCCGGGCGGCGGCCGCUGUGGCGGCCAUGGGGGGAGGGGGCGGGGGAGGGGGAGGGGGAGGCGGCGCGGGGCAGACCGGGAUGCUUCUGUCAGGCGCAGGCGGUGCUCCCAGCACCAUGCACCCCGGCAUGCAUCCGUCCAUGCAUCCGAGCAUGCAAGUAUCAGCAUCAGCAGCUUCAGCGGCGUCAGCAGCGCUGCUAGACGCCACGCUGGGGCGCAUGCGCUGCCUGGCAGCCUUGGCCCGCUGGGAGGAGCUGUCAGCGCUCUGCCAUGACGCCUGGCCGCCCGCUGAGCCGGCAGCGCGCGUGCAGAUGGCGCCGCUGGGAGCGGGAGCAGCGUGGAACAUGGGCAGGUGGGACGACAUGGCAGAGUAUGUCUCUGUGCUGCCUGAUGGGGGGGAUGAUGCUGGAGGGGCGUCCAUGGGUGGGUUUGGCGGGAUGGGCGGCGGUGGCGGGAGGUUCGGCGCGGUUCUGCCGAUGCAGCAGCACCAUAGCUUGGCGGGAGGGUCGGGGGUGGGGUCAGGUUCGGGGCGCAGCGACGGGGCGUUUUUCCGCGCCGUCCUAGCCGUGCGGCACGGGGCGUUCGGGGAGGCGAGGGAGUAUGUGGAAAGAGCGCGGAAGCUUCUGGCGACUGAGCUGGCGGCGCUGGUGUUAGAAAGCUAUGAGAGAGCGUAUGGGGACGUGGUGAGGGUGCAGCAGCUGUCAGAACUCGAGGAGGUGAUUGAUUACUGCCUGCUGGGGGCAGAUGCAGGGGGAGGAGGAGCACCUGGGGGGGGCGCGGGAGGGGGGUUUGGAGGGAUGGACGGAGGGGGGGCACUGGGGUUUGGAGGGGAGGAGGGGCACAUGGGCGCGGGGGAGGUGGAGGCGAGGAAGGCGCUGAUUCGACAGAUGUGGCGGGACAGAAUCAAGGGCGCACAGCGCAACGUGGACGUGUGGCAGGCUCUCCUAGCCGUGCGAUCGCUGGUCUUACCCAUGCACCAGGACGCCCACACGUGGCUCAAGUUCGCGUCCCUCUGCCGCAAGAGUGGGCGCGUGAGUCAGGCCCGAGCCACUCUCCUGAGGCUCCUGCAGCACGACCCAGCCGGGGCGAGAAUGCUGGGGCUGGAUGUUCACGAGGGGGAGGGCGGCGCGGUUACCAGUAUUGGGACGCCGGGCGGCGGACUGGCGGUGGUGGCUGGGGCAGGGGCGGCGGCGGCAGUGCCGCUGUUGCGGUUGCCGUCGGUGGGGGUGAGGGGCGGGGCGGGAGCGGGUGGAGGAGUGUUGGGAGGAAGCGGGUUGGGCAGCGUGGGUCUGGGAGGAGGGGCGGGCAUCAGCAGCACCGGCGCCACCACCAGCAGCGCCACCACCGACAUGCUAUCCGCCGCGGCAGCAGCCGUGGCAAACAUACCUCCCUCCCUCCCCUUCCCUUCCUCCUCCUCGCUCCCAUUCCCCACCUCCUCCUCCCUCGCGUACCAACCCGCAUCCACCUCCCCCCUGCUCAUCCCAGCCAUGCCGCACGUGGUGCUGGGCUAUCUCAAGUACGCGUGGGCGCUCGCCUCCGACGUCAACCGCCGCAACGCCUUCCGCUGCCUGCAGGACCUCGCCGCCGCGCUCGCAGCCACUCACGGCGCGCCACCUGGCGCCGCCGCCCUGGGGCUCGGGAUGGGUUCGGCGUCCAGCUUGGGCGGGGCACGGCCGGUGUCUCCCCUGCCCGGCAUGACCUCUCUCCCUCACACCAGCCACUCGCCCCCUCCGCCCUCCACCAUCCCUGGGCUUCCCUCCUCCUCCUCCCUCUCAGCACCAUCAGCAGGAGCAGCAUGGGGCGGAGCAGCAGCAGGAGCAGCGGGGGAGGGCGGCAGCAGCAGCAUGGCACACGGUGCACCGCUGCUGUCACGAGUCUACCUGAAGCUGGGCACGUGGCAGUGGUCGCUCCACCCCACCCUCUCCGACGCCUCAGUCGCCGAAAUCGGCGCAUCCCUCCGCGCGGCAACAGAGCUGGCGCCAGGGUGGGGCAAGGCGUGGCAUCGCUGGGCGCUGUUCAACACAGCAGCCAUGACGCACUUCACGCAGCGCGGCAACGCGCAUGCCGCUCAGAACCACCUCGUGGCCGCCAUUGCCGGGUUCUUCCGGUCGAUCGCGCUCGCCACGGCAGGAGGGACGGCGAGCCAGGCAGGCGGGAGAGCGGUGUUCGCUGCUGCUGGAGUGGCGGGAGGAGGGGGAGCGGGCGGGGCGGGGGACGGGAAGGGGAUGGCGGCGGGCGGGGGAGCGGGGGUGGCGAAGGGGUUGGGAUCAGGAAAGGGAGCAGGGGACAGCCUACAGGAUAUUCUUCGGCUGCUGACUCUCUGGUUCCGGUACGGCGCUACAGCGGACGUGCAGGCGGCGCUACAGGAGGGCUUCGCGCACGUGAACAUCGACACGUGGCUGCACGUGAUUCCUCAGAUCAUCGCGCGCAUUCACAACAACGUGCCCGCCGUCCGCUCCCUCGUGCAAUCAUUGCUCAUCCGCAUCGGCCGGCACCACCCGCAGACGCUCAUGUUCCCGCUGCUCGUCGCCUGCAAGUCCAUGUCUCUCUCCCGCUGCGCCGCCGCACAAGCCGUCCUCGACAAUAUCCGCUCGCACUCCGCUGCUCUGGUGGAAGCAGCACAGCUGGUAUCUGUGGAGCUGAUCCGAGUGGCCAUUCUAUGGCACGAGAUGUGGCACGAGGCGCUGGAGGAGGCGUCACGACUCUACUUCGGAGAGCGCAAUGUGGAUGGCAUGCUGGCCGUGCUCGCCCCGCUGCACGCGCUGCUCGAAACCGCCGGCCCGGAAACCAGCACGGAAGCGGCCUUCGUGGAAGCGUACGGGCGGGAGUUGGCAGAGGCGGCGGAGUGCUGCGCAAACUACCGGCGGACGGGGAGAGAGGCGGAGCUCACGCAGGCAUGGGAUCUCUACUACCAUGUGUUCAAGCGCAUCAACAAGCAGCUCCCCGCGCUCACCACUCUGGAGCUGCUCCAGGUGGCGCCUGCGCUGGUCAACGCCCGCGACCUCGCUCUCGCCGUCCCCGGAACGUACCGUGCCGGGCAGCCGACAGUGACCAUCGCAGGGUUUGCACCGCAGCUGCUGGUGAUCACUUCCAAGCAGCGGCCACGGAAGAUCUCGAUCCUGGGAUCCGACGGCCGGGAGUACGUGUUCCUGCUGAAGGGGCAUGAAGAUCUACGGCUGGAUGAGCGCGUGAUGCAGCUGUUUGGAUUGGUCAACACGCUACUGGCCGGCGCCAGGUCAGCAGCUGACAAGGAUCUCUCGAUCGAACGGUACGCGGUCGUCCCCCUGUCUCCCAACAUCGGCCUCAUCGGGUGGUUACCGCACUGUGACACCAUGCACCAGCUGAUCCAGGAGUACCGCGAGGCCCACAACAUCGCGGUGAACCUUGAGAGGCGCCUCAUCCUCAGCUUUGCUCCCGACUACGACCACCUCACAGUCAUCGGGAAGGUCGAAGCAUUCGAACACGCGCUGGACAGCACGCCAGGGAACGACUUAGCGCGGGUGCUGUGGCUCAAGAGCCGCAGCGCGGAGGUGUGGUUGGACCGCCGGUGUAACUACACGCGAAGCCUUGCGGUGAUGAGCAUGGUGGGGUAUAUUCUUGGGUUGGGAGACCGCCAUCCGAGCAACCUCAUGCUGGAUCGGUACAGUGGGAAGAUUAUUCACAUUGACUUUGGUGAUUGUUUCGAGUCGUCCAUGCACCGCGAGAAGUUUCCCGAGAAGUUUCCGUUCCGGCUGACGCGCAUGCUGGUGAAGGCGAUGGAGGUGAGCGGCAUUGAGGGCACGUUCCGGUUCACGUGUGAGGCGGUGAUGGCGGUGCUGCGGCAGCACAAGGACUCCGUGCUCGCCAUGAUGGAGGCCUUCAUGUAUGAUCCGCUCAUCAACUGGCGCCUCAUCAACCGCACCGGCGCCGCUGCUGCUGCGGCUAGUACCACUGCUGCUGCCGCUGCUGCAGGAGCCGGGGCAGGGGGAGGUGGUGCAGGUGGUGGUGGGGCGGCGGGCGGGGGAGGAGGCGGGGCGGUGCAGUCGCCGCCGCCGCAGCGGGGGGCGAGGGAGCGGGAGAUUCUGCAGGCGCUGGGGCAGCUGGAUGACGCCCAGGAGGUGCUGAAUGAGCGCGCCGUGGCGGUGAUGACCCGCAUGAGCAACAAGCUCACCGGUCGCGACUUCCCAAACUUCUCUGCCUCCUCCGCCCAGCCUGCUUCUCUUCCUGGAAGCGUGCCGGAGUCCCCUCGCACGGCUAGUAGUAACAGCCUGCUGGGGGACAGCGGGCGCAGCUUGGAGCGGACCACGUCGGCCAUGGCUGCUGCGGCGAUGGGGAGUGGUGGUGGGGUGAUAGCAGAGGGGCGGGAGAGCGAGCCAGGGGUGAGUGUGAAGGAGCAGGUGCAGCGGUUAAUAGUGCAGGCUACGUCGCAUGAGAAUCUCUGCCAGAGCUACAUCGGCUGGUGCCCCUUCUGGUGA